AUGGUGCUGGGGCCAAUGCAACCUACGGGUGCCGUGAGGAAAGCGGCUUUGGGGUUGCUCUCGUUCAUAAACUCGUCGCCUACGCCAUAUCAUGCUGCGAUGGAAGCGAGCACAAGGUUGGAGAAGGCCGGAUUUUGCAGGCUCAAAGAAGAUGACGAGUGGGAUAUCACUCCUGGUGGAAGAUAUUAUUUCACUCGGUAUGUGUACUCCUUAAGAUGCAAAGCGAUGACUGACCACCUCCUAAUCAAUGAAUUUAGAAACCAGGCAGCUCUGUUGGCAUUCACUGUCCCGAAGGUCUGUCAAAGCCCUCUCAAUUUCCUAUUACUGGAUGUUCAGAUCAAUCGUAGCGAUGGUCUCCAGGUGGUGGACAUUUUUAAAGGACUUUAUAGCCUUCGCGUUCGGCCAGUUUCUAAAAAGGUUUCCAACGGCUACCUGCAAGUCGCCGUUGAGACAUACGGUGGUGGUAUUUGGCAUUCAUGGUUCGACCGGGACUUGUCGCUAGCAGGACGGGUGAUCGUUGAAGAUAACUCCACUGGCUCUUUCAAAUCCAAACUCGUCAAGAUCGACAGACCCCUACUUCGUAUCCCAACACUUGCGAUUCAUUUGGACCGAACUGCGAAUGAAAAUUUCAAGUUCAACCAAGAGACGGAAUUUGUGCCUAUCUUAGGUCAAGUGGCCGCUCAGCUGAAUGCAUCUGCAGCAGGCCAAGAAGCAGCCUCUCACGAGCAUGAACAUGAACAUGGUCCUAUAGGGAAAGCCGCAAAUGGAAUCAACAUUUCAAAGAACCACCACUCUGCCCUUCUUCACCUUCUCGCUGACGAGCUAUCGGUUAAACCAGAGGAAAUCAAUGAUUUCGAACUGUACUGCGCGCUUGAAGCUCUCAUCGAGAGUACGAGCGAGGAAUCGAUGGCCGUUGCUGACUCUCAGAACGAGUCGAAUAUCAACCUAAUAGCCUUGUUUAACCACGAAGAGAUUGGAUCGGCCUCUACAACUGGUGCUGAGGGAUCUCUCAUCCCGACAUUAUUAGCACGAUUGUCCCCCACCGCUGAAGCCUUGGCCCGUACGACUGCACGAUCAUUCCUCAUCAGUAGUGAUAUGGGCCAUGGUAUUCACCCAAACUAUAGCUCGAAGUAUCAAGAGAACCACAAACCCCAUUUGAAUGGUGGUAUAGUCCUCAAGACCAAUGCCAAACAAAAAUAUACUACCGCUGCCAAGCGUGGAGGGUCCAUUCAGGAAUUUGAGGUUCGGAACGAUAUGUGA